AUGGCCGAUGUGCAGGUAAGAGCUCCCGUUUCAAUUGUCGAGAAUUUAAAUGUAAACAUUCCAGAUCGAUUGCGAUGGAUUGAUUGUCUCUCCCGGAUUCAUCGAUUGCCAACUGAACGGUGAGACUGAAGGAACCUUCAUCUUUACAUUUUCCUAUUCUAGGCGGUUUCGGCAUCGACUUCUCGACGUACAACUCGAACGACGACGAUUACAAAGCGGGACUGCAGUCUGUUGCGAAACAACUUCUUGCUUACGGAGUCACCAGCUUCGCUCCAACUGUUAUCACCAGCUCGCCAGAAACUUAUCAUAAGGUACUGAAAGCAAACUCAGAGUCUGUUUCAGAGAUCCUCAAGAAACGACACUCCUAACACUGACCACUGCCCACCCUCUGACUGUCUGCGUCUCCCCGCUUGCUCUCUCUACUCGGAGUUUGUUUUCACCCUCGCCCGUCAGUCCUUUUUCUCCGCUUGACCCGUUCUUUCCUUAUCCGUUUUGUUCGUUUCUGCUUCUCUGUGAAUGGAUGAUGUUUGAUCUAUCAAAACUUGACAAAGUUGAAGGUCAUCAGUGAAAGUUCGCCCGAAGUUCAGUCAUUUUGGCACACUACAGAUCAAUUGCAUUGCUAGUCACUGAUCUAAAUCUCAAAAACAAUAUCGAUAUAUUUCAACAUAUUGAACUGUUGUUCGAGCGAAGCUUUCUCCUAACCACAUCGUCUCUUUUCCUCGCGCCAGAUGACUAAUUCACUUCUCCCGCCUCCCCCUCUCUCUUCUCAUUCACACACUCAGCCACAGUCUGCCUGUACAUGCUGUCCCUGCCCACCUUCCCUCUCACCGCACUUUCACCCGCGCCUCCUCUCAAUAGAACGUGGAUUGCAUUUGAUGUCGAAGUAGAGAACAUGCUGCCUGCCGAGUCACAGACGACGAGACGACCCAUGUUCAGCUUCCCGCCUGAUCGAUAGUUUUCCGAUCAUGAAGCUGGCCUCCAUAUGUGUGAUAUAAUUGUUUGAACUCCGGCCUGUUUUCGUGUCUCUGUUUGUCCUCCUCUCUCCACCCCACCUCUUUGUUCCUUUCCUCGGCCUUCACUCCAUUUCCUUUUUUGCAGGUUCUUCCCCUUCUCAAACCGUCAUAUGCGUCGUCCCAUGGAGCUGGAAUACUCGGUGGGUUUUCUCUCAUUUUUAUUCUGAAAGAGCGGCUGAACAAAUAGCAAUAUCUCGUCGUUGAAGUUUUUUCGCUACUGUUCCAUCACGGCCGAUUCGUAACACAGAGAAUCCACCUACUCUAUAUUUGUCCUAUUGCCCGUCUUAUCAUGAAAAUGAUAAGAAUGGAGUGCAUCGUAGACGACUAAUUGUUGCCUUGUUCUGUGAAACUUUCUUUUCUUUUCCUCGCAAUCAAUUCUUUCCUGCAGGUGCUCAUCUGGAAGGCCCCUUUAUUUCGGCCAACAAACGAGGAUGUCAUCCCGAACAGUUUGUGAUCUCUUCGUUCGGCUCCAAUCCGGCAAAAACUAUUGAAAAUGUGUACGGUAAUACCGAAAACAUUGCGAUCGUAACAAUGGCUCCGGAGUUGGAAGGUGCUAAAGAAGCGGUUGAAUACCUUGUUUCCGCGGGAGCUACAGUAUCCGUGGGGCACUCGUCCGCAAAGUUGGGUCCAGGUGAAAUGGCAGUGAAUGCAGGAGCCAAAAUGAUAACACAUUUGUUCAAUGCAAUGCAAUCCGUUAGUUUCCUUUUUCAAAAACUCGUUAAGUGUCUGAUGCUUGCAGUAUCAUCAUCGCGAUCCCGGGCUCAUUGGACUGCUCACUUCGUCCGCGUUGGAUCCGGGUCGGACUCUCUACUACGGUAUCAUUUCCGACGGCAUUCACACGCACGACUCCGCUCUCCGAAUCGCCUACCGUACAAACUCUGAAGGCCUAGUCUUAGUGACGGACGCCAUUGCGGCACUUGGGAUGGCCGAUGGAGUGCACAAACUGGGUGCACAGACAAUCCACGUGAAAGGUCUCGAAGCGAAGUUGGAUGCAACGGACACGACCGCAGGAAGGUGGGUCCUCAUUUUGAUUCAAUUCAACAUAAAAAAAAUAACUUUCUUUCCAGCGUCGCCAGCAUGCCGUACUGCAUUCGCCAUCUAAUCAAUGCGACCGGAUGCUCCAUUGAGUACGCUCUUCACUGUGCAACCCAUAAGCCUGGUGAGCUUUUUUUCAAAACUUCACAAAAGGAACAUUUCUCAGCUGCCCUGCUCGGCAUUAUCGAUAAAAAAGGAACAUUGAACGUGGGAAGCCUCGCCGACUUCGUAUUGAUCGACAUAAAUGUGAAUGUGAAGGCCACGUUCUGUUCGGGCGUUCGUGUCUUUGUUCAGUCCGCGUAAACAUUUAAUCCACUUCUUCUUACUCUCAAUUGAAUAAAUAUUCUGCAUUACAAGUCCUUCAUCGUUCAUGUUCUUGCACUGGAGUUUCUCAUCUCCUUGAUUACCUAUUAGUAUCCAUACUUUUUAAGUUCACUUAAUUGUUCUUCAGGUGAUGAGUGAAGAAGAAGGCCGUGAAAGGGCAGUUACUGCCGAAGGAGAUGCCGAGUCGAUGAACGACGGAAGAGCUCUCGUGCAGCCACCGGCUCGCAGUGGGGACGUUAUCACGUAAACAAUACCAGUCCUUCCCUCCCAGAAUUCAAUGUUUUCAGUCCGACGCGGGCCGUUCUGACCCUUUCGAAGUCGAUGUUCAAUGCCGGAUGCUUCUCUCUUCCUUACGCGUGGAAGCUUGGAGGACUCUGGGUAUUUGCCUUAUCUCAACACUUCGUAAGCUCUCUCCUUCUCUUUCCAGGUCUCUUUCGUGAUGUCGUUCGUUAUUGCCGGUCUCAAUUGGUACGGAAACCACGUUCUUGUCCGAGCCAGCCAGCAUCUAGCCAGAAAAUCGGACAGGAGUGCUCUGGAUUACGGUCAUUUCGCGAAGAAAGUGUGCGAUUACAGUGAUAUUCGGUUCCUCAGGAACAAUAGCAAAGCAGUAAUGUAAUGAUAGGUUUGAGAGAAGAUUUGGCAAAGUUAAUGCUUCAGGUACUUUGUGAAUGUGACCAUUCUGUUCUACCAGCUCGGAAUGUGCAGUGUAGCCAUUCUUUUCAUUUCUGAUAACCUGGUGAACCUGGUUGGCGACCAUUUGAGUGGAACUCGUCACCAACAGAUGAUCCUCAUGGCGACAGUUUCUCUAGUUUUCAUUCUUCUCACGAACAUGUUCACUGAAAUGCGAAUUGUUUCCUUCUUCGCUCUCGUUUCUUCAGUAUUUUUCGUCAUCGGUGCCGCUGUCAUUAUGCAGUUUACAAUCCAGUAAGUCGUAAGAAGCACGAACAUUCUCAUGUCUUUUGUUUCAGGCAGCCGAACCAAUGGGACAAACUGCCAGCCUAUACGAACUUCACGGGCACUAUUACUAUGAUCGGAAUGAGUAUGUACGCAUUCGAAGGACAGACAAUGAUCCUUCCGAUCGAGAACAAACUUGACAACCCGGCCGCCUUCCUUGCUCCGUUUGGUGUGCUCUCCACUACGAUGCUCAUCUGCACUGCAUUCAUGACGGCUCUCGGAUUCUUCGGCUACACUGGAUUUGGAGAUGCGAUCGCCCCCACCAUCACCACGAACGUUCCGAAGGAAGGCCUCUACUCGACAGUCAACGUGUUUCUCAUGCUUCAGUCGCUUCUCGGAAACUCCAUUGCCAUGUACGUCGUCUAUGACAUGUUCUUCAACGGAUUCCGUCGAAAGUUUGGAGCGAGAUUCCCGCAUGUCCCGAAAUGUUUGUCAGACAAGGGAUUUCGCGUGUUCUGGGUGUUGGUCACCUAUUUGAUGGCCGUGCUCAUUCCCCGCCUCGAAAUCAUGAUCCCAUUGGUCGGAGUCACUAGUGGAACUCUCUGUGCUCUAAUCUUCCCGCCUGUUUUCGAAAUGAUUACGUUCUGGACUGAUUGGAAGGUAGUCAUUCAACAUCGUUUCCGAGUUCACUGAACUUGUUUCUCAGGGUUUGCUCACUCAUCGUCAACGGAUGACGAAAAUCGCCGUGAACUGCGUCGUCAUCUGUAUUGGAUGCUUCGCCAUUAUCGCCGGAAUGUACGCCAACGUCCACGCAAUCCUCGAGUCGUUCUCGCAACCGGCAACCUAA